CGCGGGAAGUCCGAGCCGGUGCGGCGGGGACGGCGGGCGCGGAGCAUGAACCUGGAGCGCGAGCUCCGCCAGCUGAGCAAGGCCCAGGCCAAGGCGCAGAGGAGCGGGCAGCUCCAGGAGGAGGCCGCCUGCUGCCACCAGCUGGGCGAGCUGCUGGCCGGCCAUGGCCGCUACGCCGAGGCUCUGGAGCAGCACCGGCGCGAGCUGCAGCUUCUGGAGGCCGCCGGCGACACCCUGGGCUGUGCUGUGGCGCACCGCAAGGUCGGGGAGCGCCUGGCUGAGCUGGAGGACUUCGAGGCCGCCCUGCAGCACCAGCACCGCUAUCUGGAGCUGGCCACUGCCCUGUCCAACCACACGGAGCUGCAGCGGGCCUGGGCCACCAUAGGGCGCACACACCUGGACAUCUUCGACCACGGCCAGUCACGGGAGCCCUUGCUGCAGGCACAGGCCGCCUUCGAGAAGAGCCUGGCCAUUGUGGACGAGAAGUUGGAGGGGACCCUGACCCAGCGAGAGCUGAGCGAGAUGAGGACCAGGCUCUACCUCAACCUGGGUCUCACCUUCGAGAGCCUGAAGCAGACCACGCUGUGCCAUGACUACUUCAAGAAGAGCAUCUUUCUUGCCGAGCAGAACCACCUCUACGAAGACCUGUUCCGUGCUCGCUACAACCUGGGUGCCAUCCACUGGCGUGAAGGGCACCACUCACAGGCCAUGCGCUGCCUGGAGGGGGCCCGGGAGUGUGCACGUACCAUGAAGCGGCGGUUUCUGGAGAGCGAGUGCUGUUUGCUCAUCUCGCAGGUCCUCCAGGACCUGGGUGACUUCCUGGCAGCUAAGCGGGCGCUGAAGAAGGCCUUCAAGCUGGGCUCCCAGAAGCCCUCACAGGGGGCGGUAGUCCUCCGGAGCCUCAAGCAUGUGCUGGCAGUGGUCCGGUUACAGCAGCGGCUGGAGGAGGCCGAGGGCAGCAACCCUCAGGAUGCCAUGGCCAUCUGUGAGCAGCUGGGUGACCUGUUCUCCAAGGCAGGCGACUUCCCCAAGGCAGCCCAGGCGUACCAGAAGCAGCUACAUCUAGCUGAGCUGCUGCAGCGACCAGGGCCUGAGCUGGCCGUCAUCCAUGUGUCGCUGGCCACCACGCUGGGAGACAUGAAACAGUACCGCCAGGCAGAGCACCACUUCCAGGAGGAGCUGAGGCUGCGGAACGGCAAUGCCCUGGAGGAGGCUGAGACCUGGCUAAACAUCGCACUGUCCCGUGAGGAGGCUGGAGAUCCCUACGAGGUGCUGGCCCCGUGCUUUCAGAAGGCCCUAGGCUGUGCCCAGGAGGCCCAGCAGCCACAGCUGCAGAGGCGUGUGCUGCGGCUUCUCCAUGCAGUACAGUUGACGCUGCAGCCCCAGGAGGCCCAUGCCACUGAGCUCAGACUGCAGGAGCUGGGUGUGGCUGAAGAGGAGGAGGAGGAAGAGGAGGAGGAGGAGGAGGAGGCAGCGGCCAGCAGAGCCUUGGAGGACAGUGAGCCAGAUCUCUCCGAGAGUGAGGACGAUGUGGACAGCCGGUCCCAGCAGCCGGAGGAUGAGGAGCUGCGGGGCUGUCUGGGCCGCCGGAAAGUGGACAAGUGGAAUCGGCGCAAUGACAUGGGUGAGACCCUGCUGCACCGAGCCUGCAUCGAAGGCCAACUGCGCCGCGUCCAGUACCUCGUGAAACAGGGCCACCCUGUGAACCCUCGGGACUAUUGUGGCUGGACUCCACUGCAUGAGGCCUGCAACUACGGGCACCUGGAGAUCGUCCGUUUCCUGCUGGACCAUGGAGCCGCAGUGGACGACCCGGGUGGCCAGGGCUGCGAGGGCAUCACCCCCCUGCAUGACGCCCUCAAUUGUGGCCACUUCGAGGUGGCUGCGCUGCUCAUUGAGCAGGGGGCAUCUGUCACCCUACGGACCCGGAAGGGUCACAGCCCCCUGGAAACCCUACAGCAGUGGGUGAAGCUGUACUGCCGGGAGCUGGACUUGGAGACCCGACAGAAGGCCGCGGCCACAGAGAGGCUGUUACAGGCCACUGCAGCGGGCCGAGGCAAGCAGGGCUGCCCUUGCCCUGGGGCUGGGGGCCGGGCCAGGGACGAGGCGCCCCUCUCAUGGCCAACUCUCUCCCCCAGCUGCCACGCAGGAGGAGCCCAUAAACUCUCUGUUCGACCCUGAAUGUCUCCUCCCUCCAGCCCCCUCCCAGAGUCACCCUCUGGGACCCCUGCUCCUUCAGAGGCCUCCCAGGCCUGUACUGGAGGCUCUCCUAGGCGGGACGUGCCAAUGGCUGCCAGACCUCGGAGGCACCGGGCCAGGAUGGUCAGCAAUAGCAGCUCAGAGGACGAGGACGAUUCAGGCCGCCCCUGGCCAUCGCAGAAGAGACCUCGGCACUCUGCCUCUGAGGCGGCUGCGGCAGGGGCCAGCCGGGCAGCAUAUCAGGCAGCCAUGCGCGGUGUGGGCAGCGCCCAGAGUCGCCUGGGGUCUGGCCCUCGGUGUCUGGGCAAAGUUCCUCCUUCCCGAGCGGCCCUCAUUCCCGAGGACGAGUACCUGGCCGGACACUGGCUGGAGAUGGACACACCCCAAGGCCACAGCCGGCAGAGCAGCCGCCCACCCCCUUGGGCCCAGAGCAGUGGGGACAGCAGGUCUGGUGCCCUGGGGGAACAGCACCCCACUCGGUCCCAGACCCAGCAGAGCCACCCGGCGCAGCCCACGGGUCGGGGUGGCCCUGUGGAUGCAGGAGCCGGCAGCCUGACUGCUGACCCUGCGGGGCGGGGAACCCUGCCGAAAGGCCAGCCCUCGGGUCCAGUGCCACCCCCUCCUCUCCGGGUCCGAGUUCGAGUCCAGGAUAAUGUCUUUCUCAUUCCUGUGCCGCACAGCAGUGAGGCCCCUCUGGUGGCCUGGCUGGCUGAACAGGCUGCCCAGCGCUACUACCAGACCUGUGGGCUGCUGCCCAGGCUAACCCUGCAGAAGGAGGGGGCCCUGCUGGACCCCCAAGACCCCAUCCCUGAUGUGCUGCAAAGCAAUGAUGAGGUGUUGGCUGAAGUAAGCUCCUGGGACCUGCCCCCGCUGGCUGACCGCUACCGUAGGGCUUGCCAGAGCCUGGGACAAGAAGAGCACCCACAGGUGCUGCAGGCUGCGGAGUGCCAGGAUGCCAGCCCCUCCUUCAGUACCCACUGCCUGGCCCUGCGCCCAGCUCAGCUCACGCCCCUACUCCGGGCCCUCAAAUUGCACACUGCACUCCGGGAGCUACACCUAGCGGGGAACCGGCUGGGGGAUGGCUGCGCCGCGGAGCUGUUGGCCACCUUGGCCACAAUGCCCAGCUUGGGCCUUCUUGACCUGUCCUCCAACCACCUGGGUCCUGAAGGUCUGCGCCACCUGGCCAUGGGCCUCCCGGGCCAGGCUGUGCUGCAGAGCUUGGAGGAGCUGGACUUGAGCAUGAACCCCUUGGGGGACAGCUGUGGUCAGGCGCUGGCCCUUCUCCUGCAGGCCUGCCCCUCGCUCCACACCCUGCGCCUGCAGGCCUGUGGCUUUGGCCCUGGUUUCCUUCUGAGCCCUCAGGAAGCCCUCGCAAGCGCUCUGCGAGGUGCAGCACGCCUGCAGACCCUGUCCCUGUCCUUCAAUGCCUUGGGCACCGCCGCCCUCACCAGGCUCCUGCAGAACCUGCCAGCCCAUGCCCUCCUGCGCCUGGAGCUUGGCUCUGUCAUAGCCAGCAAGACUGACCUGGGCCUCGUGGAGCCUGUGGUUGGGUACCUGACCAAGGAACGCUGUGUGCUGACCCACCUUACACUGUCUGCAAACCACCUGGGCGACCAAGCUGUGCGAGACCUGAGCAGGUGCCUUCCUCUGUGCCCAUCACUUGUCUCCCUCGACCUGUCUGCCAACCCUGCCAUCAGCCGUGCCAGCCUGCAGGAGCUCCUGUGUGUCCUGCGGGAACGGCGGCAGGGACUCAGCUUCCUGGGACUGGCAGGCUGCGCCGUGCACAGCCCCCUGGGCGCCAGCCUGUGGGACUCCGUGGGCACUCAGCUGCAGGAGCUGCGCCUGUGCAGCAGAGGCCUGGGUGCCGACGACCGCGAGGCCCUGCUCCGCCUGCAGACCGGGCCCGGCGCGCUGCUCCGCGGCCACAAGCUCUUCCUCCGGCGCCUCUGACCCUGCCUGCCCCCUCGGACCCCCAAUAAACGCAGCAGCCGCUCCCGGUG